CACAAAAAAGAUCUUGUGUCAGAUCAUCUGAAUGUCGACAACAAUGUCUACAAUAGCCUGGAAAAUGUCGCGGAGACAAAGAAAACGCAAAUAUUUUAAAGUCAGAGAGGAGGAUGCGUCUGUGAAGGAGCUCACAGCUCUCAUGGCCAAUCUGUACAUCAGAGGACAAACUCGUCGUCUCGAUUGGCAAACACACACAGAGGAUGUCCUCAUGGAGGACCUCUCCCUCCGAAACGGCCCUCUCUCCAGACUCUCCAGGGCCGUCGAUGGUGAGUCAGAGGGGAAUCCAGCGGAGGCCCAAAGGAGGCGUCCAAACAAAAGGAAGUCGGAUGCUGUUGCUGCAGUGCACGGCAACAGCCCAGACAGGAAGAGGAGGAAGCUCGACCUGGAGGCCAACAAAGGGAGCCGCUCUGUGUUGCUGCAGAGAACCUCAGAGGGUCCAACUUUAAUUUUCACUUGCCACAAGACAGACAGAGGAAGAGGAAGGACUGGGACAGGAAUCAAUUUAUUUGAAAUCAGCUCCGCAGAAAAUUGGACAACAUUGGACAUAUUUGGAGUAGGGAGGGUUAAUUUACUGAUUCAAAAAAGCUUUAUUGUACACAGGCACUGUCCAAGUCGAGAGGAGGACACAGAGGGAAGAGAGAAAAGAGAAGUGGAGGCGUAGACAGGGCGCCGGCAGAUAGAGGUCACUGUUCAACAACGGGGAAACAGACAGACCCCCCCUCCCCGUCAGGUUCAACCUCAGCACAGAGGCAAAGGAACCCCGUUUCAGAGGAACAGCAGAGCCAAAGCCCAGGAGCUCAUUAGGCUACUGUGAACUGAUUAGCUCAAAAAUGAAUUAAAAGCCCUCUAAAACCAAAGUGUUUUCUGAUCUGACUCCACUAUUGGCAGGAUGACAUAAUUUUUCUGUGCCUUACAACAUCGCUACAAUCACUGUUGACAAAUAAAUCCGUUUUAUGAUA